AUGACCUGUUCUUUCUGUAAUGCAUUAGUUUGGAAAGGUGAGGCUAUAGGGAGACCAACCCAUUCAUCGAGGAAGCUUUUCGCCAUAUGCUGUCAACAAGGGCGUGUAAAACUGCCACCAGUUAAAGAGCCACCGUCAUCGCUUAAGGAACUAAUAGAUACACCAACUUACCGCAAACACAACCGCCUCCUCAACUCGCUCCUAGCCUUCACCUCAAUGGGAGCUAAAAUUGACCACACAGUUACGGGAACACCGGGACCAUUUACGUUCAGCGUCCAUGGCCAGAACCACCACCGGAUGGGAUCCCUUUUGCCAGCAGAUGGGAAACCACCACAGUUUCUCCAGCUAUACAUCUACGAUACAGCCAAUGAAGUAGAGAACCGAAUGAAAUCCAUGAGCCGUGGAGAGUCUAAAGUUAAGGUUGAUGAGAAGAUACUCGAGCAACUCAUCAAGAUGCUGGAUUUAAAUAACCAUCUUGCUCAGACCUUCCGACAUGCGAGGGAUCGUUAUGAAUCAGGAACUGGAGAGGAAUUUAACAUAAGGUUGAUUAGUCAGAAACAGCGUGGAAGACAAUACGAUUUACCAAGUGCAAUGAGAUUGUCGGCCUAA